AUGAUAUGUGUUAAGGGACCAAUGGGUGCCAGUUUGGGAAGGACGUUGGAGUACUCCAGCACGGAUGAUAUCACUGCCGGUUCGGGGGGAGCACCAGCCAUCCGAUACGGCAAGGUCGACGGCAACGAAUUUGGCCAUCCCAGAACCUCAACGCUUUCAUCAAAUGUAGAUUUCGGGGAAUGA